AAUCCCUUUCUCUUCCCGCCAUUUUCCCUUUUCCUCUCAAUCGCGAUCUGCAGAGGAAGUUAACUCGUCGGCGGCAACAAGGAAAAGAGCGCAGAAAAGAGGGGGAAAAGUUUUCUUCUGAUACUGUGUAAACAUGACGAGAGACGAAGUCGAGAACGGAGGAGAUCGCAUGGAGAUUGAUGAACGGGAAGAAAAUCAAGAGAACGGCAUGGAAAUUGACGGAUUUAAUCCAAAGUAUCUCAAAGUCUAUUACAGAAAGCUAUUUCCUUAUGGCGAUAUGUUUAAGUGGAUGUCUUAUGGAAAUGAUGGGAAGCAUCCCGGUUGUGAUAUGUCCUACUUUGGCCGAAGGGAAUUCUCUUUCACAAUAGAAAAUGACAUUUAUCUACGAUACCAGUCUUUCGAUGGUCUGUCUGAACUGGAAAAUUCCAUUAAAGAAAAAUGUCCACUCAAAAUUGAUAUCGGGGCUGUAUACAGUGUUGAUCCUGCAAAGAGAAAUGCCUAUGCACAAAGCGAUGGAAAUGUUUUCACUGCUGUGGAGCGGGAGCUGGUUUUUGAUAUUGAUAUAUCAGAUUAUGAUGAUGUUAGAUACUGCUGCAAAGGAGCUGAUGUUUGCUUAGAUUGCUGGCCUCUAAUGACAAUUGCUAUUAAAGUGAUUGAUACUGCCCUCAGAGAUGACUUUGGUUUCAAUCACAUUCUCUGGGUAUAUAGUGGCCGUCGUGGUGUGCACUGUUGGGUUUGCGAUAGAAAAGCAAGAAGGUUGACUGAUGAACAGAGGGGGGCUAUUGCUGAUUAUUUUCGAGUUUAUAAGGGGAAUGAGAACAGUAACAAAAAAGUGUCUUUACCAGGACAAGCUCUUCAUCCUUUCCUUGUGAGGUCCUAUACUGAAGUUUUGAAGGAUUUCUUUGAGGCAAAACUGCUUUCAAGUCAAAGCCUACUUUCUACUGAGGAGAAAUAUGAGAAGAUCCUAGAAAUGAUUCCUGAUUCAAAUAUUGCUUCUGAGCUACAGGGAAAGUGGCAGGAGAACAAACGAUCUUCCAUGCCUAAAGAAGACGUUGAUAUUGUUCGAUGGGAACAACUUAAACGUAUACUGCAAUCAGGGAAACAUAAGGGACAAGGACUGAGGAGAUGUGUUGAAGAGAUCAUAUUUUCUUUUACUUACCCUAGGCUUGAUAUGGAGGUUUCGAGAAAAAUGGGCCACUUGCUGAAGGCACCAUUCUGUGUACAUCCACAGACAGGUCGUGUUUGUGUGCCUAUUGACCCAAACCACUGUGAUGAAUUUGAUCCAACUACAGUACCAACCCUUUCACAGCUUUUAAAAGAACUAAACAUGGGAGGCCUGAGAGAAGAUGCUGAAAAUGAGUUGGAUAGAACCUCACUUGGAGAUUCAGUCAAGUUUUUCAGAUCAUCGUUCUUGCAGCCUCUGCUGAAAUCUUGUAAGGAGGAUAUUGAAAGUUCAUACAGUGCAAAGCUGCAGCAGUCCAAGAAUUCCCUCAGUUGGUAGUGUUUUCCAAGUUGCUUUAUCACAAGGUAUCUGAUCCUCAUGAUAUCUUGCUGUUGCCAACCAUCUCUUGUUAUGCAGUAUGGUGAAUGUCAUUGAGUAGGAACAUUUCUGUUGUCCCUCAACAUGAAAACUUUGACUCUAAAGUUAAUCUAACCGUGGUAUUCGAUUUUAUCAUUUUCAUUUUAAAUUCCUUGUCGUGAACAUGCUCAUCUUACAAUUGUUAUCCUGAAGAAAUCCGUAGUCAUUUU